CUUCUUCUUCUUCUUCUUCUUCUUCUUCUCCUUCUUCAGUUCUUCUUCUUCUUAUUUCUCUCUUCUUAAAACCCAACAAAGAGCACAAAACUAUUAAAAAAAAUAAGAAAAAAAAGAAAACCAUGGUGGUUGUGUCUCAGCCAGCAUUAGACCAUUUCUCUCCAAUAAAAUCAUGCAGGCCCACCUCUAGCCUCUUCAAUGGAAUCCCCAUGGUGGACCUGUCGCACCCGGAGGCCAGCUCCUCCAUUGUCAAAGCCUGCGAAGACUUCGGAUUCUUCAAGGUCGUCAACCAUGGCGUCCCAAUGGAGUUCAUAACCCGCCUCGAAUCCGAAGCUCUCAAUUUCUUCAAUCUCCCCCAAUCCGAAAAAGACCGAGCCGGCCCUCCCGACCCUUUCGGCUACGGCAGCAAGCGAAUUGGCCCCAACGGCGAUGUUGGUUGGAUCGAAUACCUCCUCCUCAACACCAAUCCCGACGUCUUCUCCGAAAAAUCUCGCUUCAUUUUCCGGGAAAACCCACAAUUUUUCUGGUCUGCGGUUGAGAAUUAUGUUGCGGCUGUGAAGAAGAUGGCGUUCGAGAUAGUGGAAUUAAUGGCGGAAGGGCUGGGGAUUGAAGAUAGGAAAGUGAUGAGCAAGCUUUUGAGAGAUGAGAAAAGUGACUCAUGUUUUAGGAUGAAUCAUUAUCCGCCAUGCCCGGAGCUUCAAGCAUUGAGUGGAAGGAAUUUGAUUGGGUUUGGGGAACACACAGACCCACAGAUAAUUUCUGUCUUGAGAUCCAACAACACGUCAGGACUCCAAAUCUGUCUCAGAGAUGGGACUUGGGUUUCCGUCCCUUCUGAUCACUCCUCCUUUUUCAUCAACGUUGGCGAUUCAUUGCAGGUUAUGACGAAUGGGAGGUUUAAGAGUUUGAAGCACAGAGUACUGGCUGAUCCUAGGAAAUCAAGAAUUUCCAUGAUCUACUUUGGAGGGCCACCUUUGAGUGAGAAAAUAGCACCUUUGCCUUGUUUGGUGGCCAAAGGAGAAGAAAGCUUAUACAAGGAAUUCACAUGGUGGGAAUACAAAAAAUCUGCCUACAAAUCAAGGCUGGCCGAUAAUAGGCUAGGACUGUUCGAGAAAACCCCAUCUCAAUAAUGCUCAUGUUGUGGUAAAAAAAAAAAACCCUCAAAUUUGGCAAAAAUAUUAGGAGUCUUUCUUUUCUUUUUUUUUUUCUUUUUUUUUUUUUU